GCGGUGGUCAAGCUGCUGCUCGACAAGGGCGCCGACCUGGAGUCGAAGGACGGCAAGUACGGUCGGACGCCGCUAUCGUGGGCUGCACUGAACGGGCACGAGGCGGUGGUCAGGCUACUGCUCGACAAGGGCGCCGACCUGGAGUCGAAGCACAAGGAGUACGGUCAGACGCCGCUAUUGUGGACUGCAGAGAGGGGGCACGAGGCGGUGGUCAAGCCGACGAAUCUCCUAGGUAGUCUCCGUAAAUAA